AUGGUGAUCGCAAUUUCCAAGCAUUUUGGAUGGCCCAUCGACCAGCUUGAUGUGGUGACAGCUUUCCUGUAUGGCGUCAUGAAGGAACAAGUGUUCUGCGUGAUUCCUGAAGGCGUCGAACUUGACAGUACGUUCGACUGCCUGGAAUCGGUGAAGUCAAUUUACGGCCUCAAGCAAGCGUCGCGAGUGUGGAACGAGACGUUCGACGAGUAUGUGUGCUCCAUCGGAUUUCAAGUAUCGGACUUCGACCCAUGUCUCUACAUCAAGACUUCGGACGGCCAUUGCGUGUUUAUACUGGUCUACGUGGACGACGUCUUGGUGACUGGAAGCUCACUCGAGCUGAUUGCACAAACCAAGAACGACCUGAAGACGCGGUUCGAAAUGACGGACAGCGGCAAGUGUGCGUUUGUUCUUGGGAUCGAGCUUUUGGACGGUGAAGAUGGCAGUGUGACACUAUGUCAGCGUCGGUAUGUCGAUGAUAUCCUCAAGCGCUUUGGCAUGGAUGAUUGCAAGGCAGUCGCAAGUCCAGUCGACAUGAGCUCUCGACUUGUUUCAAGUGAUGCAACUACCAAGGUCGAUGCUCCUUUUCGCGAAGCUGUUGGUGCGUUGAUGCACCUGACCACUGCAACGCGUCCGGACAUUGCGUUUGCUGUGGGCUAUGUGUCGCGGUUCAUGGAAAAUCCCCAAGAAGAACACUGGGUUGCAGUUAAGCGUAUCUUUCGCUACCUACAAGGCACCAAGACGCAUGGAAUUUGCUACAAGCCAAGUGCAAGGAUCGACUUCCGUGGAUAUUCGGAUGCGGAUUGGGCUGGUGAUCUUACCGACCGCAAGUCAACAUCGGGGUACACGUUCAUGCUACUCGGUGCGCCAGUGAGUUGGGGCAGCAAGAAGCAGCCAAGUGUUUCGUUGUCCACGAGUGAAGCCGAAUACAUCGCAAUCAGCUUGGCGAUUCAAGAGGGCAAGUGGAUUCAUCGUCUGCUUUGUGAGAUCGUGAUGGCUGCCAAUGAAGAAGGACCGGAACUCAUGAUCCAUGAAGACAAUCAGUCAUGUAUCAAGAUGACGAAGAACCCAGUCAACCACGGCCGUGCCAAGCACAUUGAUAUCAAGUACCAUCACAUCCGUGAUGAGGUCAAGCGCGGUGAAGUGAAGCUCAAGUACUGUGAAACUGCGGUGAUGUUAGCGGACAUCAUGACGAAGGGACUUCAUGGACCACGCCACAAGGAGAUGACGACGGCUCUCGGGAUUCGUGAGCAUUCGGAUUGA